AUGUGGUCGAACUGUGCGUAUGGGCUUAGACCUUAUCCGGACCAGACUACCAACGUGUUAAAUCCAUGUUUUCUUUCGGCAGUUUCGAUAGGGCAGGCCGCUGUUUUUGGCAUUAUAGGUGCUAUUCAGUUAACUCGAUUGAUGCAAGAGACCAGAGUGCCACCUGCUUUCAAAUAUGCUUCAAUGUGGAGGGCGCUGUCAACUAAACAUUUGCUGCAUUUGUCGAACGUCGUCUUGCAAGCCGUGCUGCUUUUAUGUCUAGUCAUGGUUUUGCCAACAGACAGCACGCCACGAAUUACUUUGGAAAGUGUUCUGUCCCAACUGCUCCUUGUGGUUUUCGUCUGCCUUCCCACUCAAUUUCUGCAAUUCUACAAGUCUACGGCAUCGCUGGCGGGCCAGCUGUUCUAUUUCCUCAAUCAGGCAGUCUUGCUUGGGUUUCAACUAGGACAGCGUAUUAGCCAACACCCUGACGCCCGUUUCAACGUAUUCCCGGGACAAAUGGGGGCUUUGCUGGAAGUAGCGCUGAUUUUAAAUGCAUUAACGAUUUUCCUGUAUGAUCUUCUAUCUUUCACUCCCAGUCAAGAGCUCCUCGAUUAUUAUUCGGAAAAGGCGCUUAGCGUCGAGUGCAACAUCUUUGAGAGUAUCACAUUUACGUGGAUGAACAAGCUUAUAUCCCAAGUAUACGAAGAUGGCGAGAUAAAAGACCCCCAUCAAAUGCCCCUUCCUCCCAUCAACCUCGACGUUAAAGAUCAGGCCGCACUUUUGAAAGCGAAAUGGGAGUCUGAGAAAUGGAGCGGAAGAAACUCUCUGUUUUGGGCAAUUUUGCAUGCUUUUGGCAAGAUUAUUGCAGUAGCUUUGUCCAUCGAGGUCUUAAAGGAUGUUAUGACUAUUCUGCAACCUCAGCUUCUAAGACUGUUCAUCAGCGAAUUCAACAAGACGCCUAAUGAGGAUCGUUCACACCCUAUGCUGAAUGCUGUGUUUAUAGCGAUCGCUCUGUUCUUGAUGAAGCUCACCUCGACUUGCCUGUCCAACCAGUUCUUUAUCAUAAUUUUUGAAGCCGGAAUGGCUAUUAGAGGUUCGCUGAUGACCAUGCUGUACCAAAAGUCAUUGGCCUUGUCUAGUGAGGCCCGAGAAGAAAAGUCAGCAGGUGAUAUUCUUAACUUGAUGGCAGUCGAUGUGAUAAGAAUUCAGCGCUUUUUCGAAACAUCCCAAGACAUCAUUGGUUCUCCAAUUGCACUCGUCACUACCCUAGUGUCAUUAUACUCAUUUUUGGGAAAUGCUACCGUUGGCGGUAUUGCCGUAAUGGCUGUCAUGUUCCCAGUAAACAGCUAUCUUUCGCGCAAGAUUAAGAAGUACGUCAAAACGCAGAUGAAGUACAAAGACGCUAGAAUCAAGACCGUCACAGAGAUAUUGAACUCGGUCAAGACCGUGAAACUUUAUGCCUGGGAGAAGCCGAUGUUAGAGAAGCUUAACCAUGUUCGCAAUAAGCAGGAAUUAGAGAGCGCCAAAACUAUCGCGAUCCUGACAAAUUUGACUCUACUGGCUUGGAACUGUGUUCCAAUCUUGGUCGCAUCAUCCACCUUUUUGAUUUAUGCUCUAACCAUAAACAAACCUUUGUCACCUGAAAUUGUAUUCCCUUCUUUAUCUUUGUUUGACAUUUUGAAUGAUUGUAUCUACACAAUCCCGCGCACCAUCACAAACUUCAUUGAAACGGGGGUAUCUUUGGGUAGGCUGAAAGAUUUCUUCCUCGCAAAGGAGUUGGACAAAUCUUUCAUAAAUUACGAUAAGUUGCCUAUCAAUUCCGAAGUACCAGUGCUCGAAUUGGACAAUGCCACAUUUCUUCGCAAACAAUUUGUCAAACCAUCGGAUGAUUAUGAUGAAGAGGCAGCUAUUGAAAGUUCCAAAGUUGCGCUGAGCAACAUCUCCUUCAAAGCCUACAAGGGCCAGUUGGUGUGCAUUGUAGGCAGGGUUGGGAAUGGUAAGUCAACCUUUUUGCAGGCUCUCAUGGGCAUGCUGCCCUGUGUGAGUGGCUCUGAGCCUCACAGAUCGCCAGUUUUUCAUUUUAGAGCCAAUUCUCUUGCUUUGUGCUCCCAACAAGCUUGGAUAAUGAAUGCAAGCGUUAAAGAUAAUAUUCUUUUUGGUCACAGGUACGAUGCGGCAUAUUACGAUGCCACUAUCAAAGCCUGUCAAUUACUACCCGAUCUUGAGAUUUUGGCUGAUGGUGAUGAAACUUUGGUUGGUGAAAAGGGUAUUUCGCUGUCCGGAGGUCAGAAAGCUCGACUCUCCCUUGCAAGAGCCGUUUAUUCUAGAGCAGACGUUUAUUUCUUGGAUGACAUUUUGAGUGCUGUUGACGCACAGGUGUGCAAACAGAUCAUAGACCAAGUUUUGAGCAGAGAGCGAGGGCUUUUGAAGAGUAAAACUGUGAUUUUAACCACCAAUUCAACAUCUGUUUUGGAACACUCCCAGAGCAUUUGUGCCCUAGAAGAGGGAACUAUUGUUGAGACUGGAAGCUUCAGUGAAAUCGUCCGCAGGGGGCCCGAGUCAAAGCUGAACACUUUGAUAAGGGACAUCGGCUCUACUGAGACCGAAAAGGACAAAAAGGCCUUGCCAGAAAGUUCUUCGUAUGUCAUUGAAGAAGCCCAGCGAUACGAACUCCAGGAAGAAAUUGGCCUUAUUGAUCCCGUCGAAGGAGAAAAUGUUGUACGUUCUGCUUUACAAUCUCGAAAGGCAUCGAUGGCGACCUUGAGGCCACGCAAAAUCAUCGACAUCAACGCGGACACAAGAAAAACAAAGCAGAAGGAAGAGAAGAAAGAACGUGGCAGGGUGAAGAGGGAGGUUUAUAUGGCGUACCUCAAGGCUUGUGGUAUACCUGGAGCCAUAGUUUUCUUGAUAUUUUUAGCCAGUUCUAGAGCGUUGCUCGUUGGAGAGAAUUUCUGGUUGAAGCACUGGUCCGAGGAUAAUCAGAAAAAGGGUGAAAAUGUUAGAAUCGGCUUCUACGUCGGAAUAUACAUUCUCAUUUCGCUUGCUGCCGCAACGUUGAACAACCUCAAAAAUAUUGUUCUAUUACUAGUAUGCUCAAUUCGAGCCUCCAGAAUUCUUCAUGAUAAUAUGGCACGCGCAGUUUUGAGAAGCCCGAUGAGUUUUUUUGAAACCACUCCAGUUGGUCGGAUUAUCAAUCGUUUUUCUAGUGACAUGAACUCUGUGGACGAUAACGUACAAUAUGUUAUCAGCUUUUUCCUACUCUCUGUUCUCGACUACAUUGUUGUGGUCAUUGUCAUUGGGUACCAAGUGCCUUUGUAUCUGGUUGUGAACGCCCUGCUGAUGAUACUUUACUUCUACUAUCAGCUAUACUACGUGACAUUGAGUAGAGAGCUCAAGCGCCUAAUGAGCACCAGCUUUUCGCCUAUAAUGUCCAUGCUAAGUGAAACACUUGCGGGACACAUGGUAAUUGAUGCGUUCGACCACUUCGAGCGUUUCGACUAUUUUAACCUUCAGAACAUUCAAUUUAAUGUGAAUUGCGUCUUUAACUUCCGCUCCACAAAUCGAUGGUUGUCCGUGAGAUUGGAGGCGAUCGGUGCGUUCAUGAUUUUGACAGUGGCAGUCUUGUCUCUGUCAACUACGACUGGAGACAACCCACUUUCAGCGGGUAUGGUCGGCUUGCUCAUGAGUUGUGCCCUACAAGUCACUAACCGGCUAAUGUGGAUUGUUAGAAUGUCGGUUCAAUUGGAAACCAACAUCGUCUCUGUUGAACGAAUUGUAGAAUACUGUGACUUGCCUCCGGAAGCACCUGCCAUUAUAAAUCAGCAUAGACCGGAGAAAAACUGGCCAGCACUUGGUUCUAUCAAGUUUGACAAUUACUCUACAAGAUACAGAUCGAAUUUGGAUCCAGUCCUAAAAAACCUCAGUUUUGACAUUAAGCCUCAGGAAAAGAUUGGAAUAGUUGGAAGAACCGGUGCUGGAAAAUCAACGCUGUCACUUGCUCUAUUCAGAAUUUUGGAACCUUCAGAGGGUAGACUUAUCAUUGAUGGCGUCGACAUAAGUAAAAUUGGCCUGUUUGAUUUGAGAAGCAAUCUUGCCAUUAUCCCGCAAGACGCUCAAGCUUUCGAAGGUACGAUCAGGUCAAAUCUUGAUCCCUUCGGCAGUUAUGACGAUGACGAAAUUUGGAGGGCAUUAGAACUCUCUCACCUCAAGCCUCACGUAAUGAAAAUGGCUAAAGAGGAGGAAGAGUCCAAACGCAGCGACAACCUUUUGGAUACUAAAGUCAGUGAAAAUGGUAGUAAUCUCUCUGUCGGCCAACGGCAGUUACUUUGUUUGUCAAGAGCGCUUUUGAAUCAUUCCAGGAUUUUGAUUUUAGAUGAAGCUACAGCCGCCGUUGACACUGAGACAGAUCGUUUGAUCCAAGAGACAAUCAGAGACGAGUUCAAAGAUCGCACAAUCCUUACUAUUGCUCACCGUAUUGAUACAGUCUUGGAUAGCGACAAGAUCAUGGUCUUAGAUAAAGGAAAGCUCAAAGAGUUCGACACGCCCGCGAACUUGCUGGCUGACAAGACUACGAUAUUUUACAACCUGUGCGAACAGGGCGGCUACGUGAAGCCGAAAGACUAG